AUGCGAGAUUGUCCUCAGAUGUUUGAUAGGUUGACAACAAAUGCAAAGACGCCAUUGUAUAAUGGUUGUAGUAGUUUCACAAGACUAUCAGCAGUCCUGAAAUUAUUCAAUUUGAAAGCACGAAAUGGAUGGUUUGAUACUAGCUUUACUGAAUUACUAUCACUUAUAAACGAUAUGCUACCAAAAGAUAAUGUGCUUCCUAGUCGAAUGUAUGACACUAGAAAAAUGUUAAGCUCUAUUGGGAUGAGCUACGAGAAGAUUCAUGCUUGUCCAAAUGAUUGCAUUCUUUUUCGAAAUGAAUAUGCCCCAUUGGAUAAAUGUCCUAAAUGUAUGACAUCGCGCUAUAAGAAAAAUUUAGUGUCGAGCAAAGUGGUAUGGUACUUUCCUAUAAUACCAAGAUUUAGGUGCAUCUAUCGUAAUGAACAAGAUGCAAAAAAAUUAAGAUGGCAUGCGGAUGAACGAAUACGUGAUGGAAAGCUUCGACACCCUGCAGAUUCUCCUCAAUGGGCAAAAGUUGACCAUGAUUACCCUAAUUUUGGGAAAGAACCACGAAACCUACGUCUUGCUUUGUCUACUGAUGGAAUAAAUCCACAUGGUAUGCAAAACAACUCGCAUAGCACGUGGCCUGUGGUUAUGAUUAUAUAUAACCUACCUCCAUGGCUAUGCAUGAAAAGGAAGUUCAUGAUGUUAUCCAUGUUAAUUCCAGGUCCAAAGCAACCAGGGAAUGACAUAGACAUAUACUUGGCACCUCUUAUUGAAGACUUGAAGGAUAUGUGGAACGAAAGUGUAGAGGUGUAUGAUGGGUAUACGGAAGAAACUUUCCUGCUAAGGGCAAUGUUAUUUGGCACAAUUAAUGAUUUUCUGGCAUACGGUAAUCUAUCUGGAUAUAGUAUCAAAGGGAAGUGUGCAUGCCCUAUAUGUGAAGAUAAUACAGAUUGGAUGCGAUUGGAACAUGGAAAGAAAAAUGUAUUUCUUGGGCAUCGUAGAUUCUUACCUUCAAAGCACCGUUAUCGAGGAUGGAGAAAAGCAUUUAAUGGGACGACAGAAGAACGUAGAGCUCCAGAAUUGUUGUAUGGUGAUAAAGUUUUUGAAAAAGUAAAGGAUAUAAACAACAAAUUUGGUAAGCCUUUUGCAAGAGAUCUAGUCACAAGUGGGUGGAAGAAAAAGUCUAUUUUUUUUUAUUUGCCAUAUUGGAAGUCCUUGUACAUUAGACAUUUCCUUGAUGUGAUGCAUAUCAAAAAAAAUGUAUUUGAUAGUGUCAUAGGUACGUUGUUGAACGUUCCUGGAAAGUCUAAGGAUGGCAUCAAAGCAAGGUUGGACUUAGUUCAAAUGGGAAUUCGAACAGAAUUGGCACCAAUAAAGAAGGGUAAACGCCAAUAUCUACCUCCAGCAGCUCAUACUCUAUCUAGAAAGGAAAAAAAAUUAUGUUUUGUAAGUUUUUGCAAGGAGUUAAAGUUCCAGAAGGGUAUUCAUCAAACAUUAGGAACUUAG